CUUUAAUCCCCCAGGACCGCAGUGUCUCCGGCAUUUGCAGGACUUACAGCAUGUUGGUAGCUCAGGUUCUCGGAUCGCUUCUGGUGCUGGGAUGGGUGGCCUCCCUCCAGGGGCUCCAGGCGCCCCUCUACACCACGCAGGAGAACUUCAACCUCGGCAGCUUCCUGGGGAAGUGGCAUGAUCUUGCCAAGGCAACCGACUGCCCUCACGAGUGGCACAGCACAGCGGACCCUGCCAUUGGUACCUUGGAGAUGAAGGCGGGGGUUGAGGCGGGCCAGAUUCUGACGAAGCGGACCGCUCUCAGGGGGGAAGUAUGCAAAGAAAUGAGUUUUUUUUAUGAGGUGACGACCACGCCAGGACGAUUCUUCUACCGCAGCCAAAGAUGGCAGGCUGAGAUGGACGCCUACGUUGUCCACACCAACUACCAGGAGUACGCCAUCGUCAUCACCAGCAGGCAGAAGUCCUCCGGGAACGCCACUAUCGCAAUCAAGCUGUUAAGUCGAACCAGGGAAGUGAGAGACACAGUGAUGGCUGACUUCAAGACCCUCGUGAGCAGCAUGGGGAUAGCUGAAGACAGCAUCGUCAUCAAUCAGGACAAAGGCGAUUGUGUCCCGGGUGAGGUCACAGCGACAGAGGGAACUCCCAGAUUUCGGAUAGUCCAGAGGAAGAGGAGAGAAACAGAACCAGAACCAGCCGAAGUGGAAGGCUCCGGGGAGGCCGCCACUGAGUUCACAGACGCAGCUUCCUGUAUGGACGAGCCAGACUCCGGCCCUUGCUUCGGUGCCCUGCAGCACUACCACUACAACUCCUCCUCCAUGAGCUGCCAGGAGUUCCAGUACGGCGGCUGCAUGGGCAACCAGAACAACUUUGUGACCGAGCGGGAGUGUCUGCAGCGCUGCCGAACUGAGGCCGCCUGCCGUCUGCCCAUGGUGGCCCAGCCCUGCACGGGCCAGCCCGCCGUGUGGGCCUUCGACGCCACGUCGGGUCUGUGUGUGGCCUACAAGCCGGGCUUCUGCCAGGGCAACGGCAACAAGUUCUACAGCAAGGCCGAGUGCGAGGAGUACUGCGGCGUGGUCAAAGAGGCCCGGUUAAGGAACCAGGCUUCCUGCUCUCGGUUCCCAGAGUCCUCGGGCCGCUGGCAGCAGAAUGCUGGGAAUAUCCGGAGAGGAAGGGGAAGUGACAUCACAGCGUUGACCUUCCGUACCAGGCGGUAUCACCUGGCCCUGCCUGGAGGAGAAUUACCACGCACACGCACACAAACACACACUUAUACACACUAUUCCCGUAAGCAUGAGCAAACAUACUUUAAGGCAAGAGAAUAUGCACUCUCAAUGGCCGCACACACACACACAUACACACAGACAAAUACACACAUGCAUAGAAACACACCACAGCUGUAAAACGUCUGUUAACCUCCAUUUAGCCCUAUUGACUCAUGCUGAUCCUCUUCCAGUAAGAGAAGAAAAAUACAAAAGAAAAAAACAAAAAGAUAAAGAGUUG